AUGUGUCAGUGGUUUAUCCUAAACAGGCUAAAGUCGCGCCUCUCAGCCACACAUCAAUCUUCCCAGUGUCACGCCAGUCGUUCCAGCGUUUUCAGUGGCUUUCCAGAAGACCCUGCAAGAGUCACACUAAUCUUCCAAGAGUCACACCAGCCACCUCAGCUGCUUCCCGAAGCACCCAGCGUCCAAAGUGGCUUCCCAGAGCACCCUACAGGAGUCACACCAGCCGUCCCAGCGUCCCCAGUGGCUUUCCAGAGCACCCUGCGUCCCCAGUGUCUUUCCAGAUCACCCUGCAGGAGUCAUAUCAAUCUUUCCAGAGUCACACCAGUCAUUCCAGCGUCCUCAGUAGCCUCCCAGAGUUACAUCAAUAUUUCCAGUCAUUCUCGCGUCCCCAGUGGCCUCCCAGAGCACCCAGCGUCUCCUACAGGAGCCCAUCGCCACCAGUGGCUUCCCAGAGCACCCUGCAGGAGCCCGUCGCCCCCAGUGGCUUCCCAGCGCGCCCUGCAGGAGCCCGUCGCCCCCAGUGGCUUCCCAGUGCGCCCUGCAGGAACCUGUCGCCCCCAGUGGCUUUCCAGAGCGCCCUGCAGGAGCUUGUCGCCCCCAGUGGCUUUCCAGAGCGCCCUGCAGGAGCCUGACGCCCCCAGUGGCUUUCCAGAGCGCCCUGCAGGAGCCUGUCGCCCCCAGUGGCUUUCCAGAGCGCCCUGCAGGAGCCCGAACCCGUCGCCCCCAGUGGCUUCCCAGCGCGCCCUGCAGGAGCCCGUCGCCCCCAGUGGCUUUCCAGAGCGCGCUGCAGGAGCCCGUCGCCCCCAGUGCCUUUCCAGAGCGCCCUGCAGGAGCCCCUCGCCCCCAGUGGCUUUCCAGAGCGCCCUGCAGGAGCCACGCCAAUCCCCCCCGUCGCCCCAGUGCCCCCAGCGCCCUCCGAGAGCAGCCUGCAGGAGCGCUUCCGCGGCGGCCCCUCGGCCAUCCGAAUCUCCCGCCGCGCCGCCACCUCGCCCUCCGUCAGUCGUGCUCCGGCGGUUGACGGGCGAGGAGCGCUAG